GCGAAACGGGCCACUUCUAAUGUCACACUAUAAAUUAAGUAUUUCGGUAGAAACCCUAAAGAUUUUAACUGAGCCGCUUAUACUUCUCUCUCGACUCUAUCAUUCUUCGCCAAGAUGUAUACGUCGAUGAAGAAGAUCCACAAAGAUAAGGAUGUUGAACCAACCGAAUUCGAGGAGUCGGUUGCACAGGCAUUCUUUGAUUUGGAGAAUACCAACCAGGACCUGAAAAGUGACCUCAAAGAUCUUUACAUUAAUUCAGCAGUCCAAAUCGAUGUUUCUGGGAGCCGAAAAGCUGUUGUUGUCCAUGUUCCCUACAGAUUGAGGAAAGCUUUCCGUAAGGUUCAUGUUAAGCUUGUGAGGGAACUCGAAAAGAAGUUCAGUGGCAAGGAUGUGAUUCUUAUUGCAACUCGAAGGAUAUUGAGGCCUCCAAAGAAGGGCUCAGCUGUUCAGAGGCCACGCAGCCGUACACUGACUGCCGUACACGAGGCAAUGCUCGAAGAUGUUGUUUUACCUGCUGAGAUUGUCGGGAAGCGUACUAGAUAUAGAAUCGAUGGAUCGAAGAUAAUGAAGGUCUUUUUGGACCCCAAAGAACGAAACAACACAGAAUACAAGCUCGAAACCUUUUCAGCAGUUUACCGGAAGCUCGCAGGGAAGGAUGUUGUGUUUGAGUUCCCAGUUACAGAGGCAUAAAGAAGGCCUUUUUAAAAGAUAUGACACCUUCUGUCUGGUCCUUUUACCCUUGAAACUUAUUUUUGUGAGGGUAUUUAAAAUUUUGACAUCGACAUUUAUAAGUUGCUAAACUAGCAGAGAAAGUGUCAUGGUGAAUUUAUUUUCUUUGUUAUGAACGUAUAUUUCACUAUUGGGUAAUGGCAUUUAAUUAUGUAGGUUUGUGAGUUUGAAAA